AUGGAUAAAACUAUAUUAUUUAAUGAAAGUAGAACUCUAGUUUUAGUUGGACGUACAGGUAAUGGUAAGAGUGCAACAGGAAAUAGUAUUAUUGGAAAAAGAGCUUUCAAAUCAAGAUUGAGUUCUUCUGGUGUGACACGUGUUUGUGACUUACAAAAAACUAAAGAUGAACCAAUUAUUAAUGUUAUCGAUACUCCAGGACUUUUUGAUGGAACUCAUUCGGUUGGAAGGGAAAUAGUUAAAUGUAUUGAUAUGGCUAAAGAUGGAAUUCAUGCUAUUCUUAUGGUAUUUUCUGUUAAGACUCGUUUUUCAGAAGAGGAACAAGCUACUUUCCUUGCUUUGCAAGCACUGUUUGGACAUAAAAUUGUUGAUUAUAUGAUUGUUGUUUUUACCGGAGGAGAUGAACUAGAAGAAAAUGAUCUAACAUUUGAGGAUUACAUAGGCAACCAGUGUCCACAACCUCUUAAGGAUAUUUUGGUUCUAUGCGGCAAUCGAAAAGUGCUUUUUGAUAAUAAGACUAAAGAUAAAGAAAAACAAUCUGGACAAGUUCAAGAACUUCUUCAUCUUGUGAACAUGGUUAUAUCACAUAAUGGUGGACAACCUUUUACAAAUGAAUUGUUUAUGCAAUUGAAGGAGAAAGCAAAAAUAAGAGAUGACCAACAAAAAGCUCUUGACUCUCUUAAAGGAUAUUCAAAAGCAGAAAUGAUGGAUAUUAAAAUGCAAAUGGAACAACAAUAUGUGGAUGUGCUAAAACGAAUGACUAAUGUGGUGGAAUCAAAGCUUAAGGAAGAAAUUGCAAAUCUUGGGAAGAAAUUGGAAGAAGAGAGAGUUGCUAGAGUUAGAGCAGAAGAACAUCAUAAGUUAAUUCAAAUUCAAUCAAAUAAUGAAAUUGAGAGACUCAAAAGACAAUUAAUAUUGGAUAGACCACCACCUCCUGCUCUUCCUUUUCCUUUUAACUUGCUUCCUUUUCCUUUUGUGCGACCAAAGCCUCCACCUCCUUCUCCUUGUGGCAUUCUUUGA